CAAAAAAAUCAGCUGAUUUCGAUUUGUUUGUUAUCGUCAGCUGUUUAAUGGAAAUUUAAGUAUUAUUUAUAAUCCGCACCAACAACACAACACAUGGAUAUUGAUGGCCACCUUGAACGAGACAUUUCGCUCACACUGGCUCAUCUCCAUCUUCGGAUUGGUCCUGUUCGUAGCAGGCACCGUCGUGCUCUACUGGAAUGAGGGCCGCGCGGUGAACACAAUGAUGGCUCUGGAUGAGGCGUACGAUGACAUAUACUGCAUACAGUUCACGGAGGAGGAGCAGGACCAAAACUUCGAUACUCGUAUUGUGCAUAUCUCGGGACCCAUACUGGUGGGUGAACCGCUCACCGAGCCUGACUACAACAUACAGCUGAUGGCCGUAAAGUUGCGGAGGCGCGUGCAAAUGUAUCAGUGGGUGGAAGAGUCGAUCGAGCACAACUAUGGCGAGAGUGUGGGAACGGAGCAGUCAGAUUCACGCACCUACUACUACACCAGAGAGUGGCGGGACAAGAUCGUGGACUCGCGCAACUUCUACAAUCGCCAUGGCCACACGAAUCCCACGCACUUCCCCAUCGAGAGCAACGUGCAGGUGGCCGACGCCGUGUAUAUUGGCAGAUACGAGCUCGGGUUGGAGCUGAAGAACAAGUUCCAGGAGUACCAGGAGCUGACGUCGGACAUUCGGCCAGAGGACAGCAGCAUUAAGCUUCACCUGGGCCUAUACUAUCACACCAACGACGUGUUCAGUCCGGUGGUGGGUGACCUGCGCAUCCUCUUCAGCUUCGCGGCCAUGGAGGGGGAGACGUACAGCGUGGUGGCCAAGAUGGAGGGCAACCAGCUGGUUCCCUACGUCACCUCUCGCGGAGUGCGAGUGCUGCUGGUCUACCCGGGCGCCUUGACUGUACAUGAGGUGUUCAAGCUCGAAUCCCGUUCCCAGGUGCUGCACACCUGGUGGUGGCGCUUCAUUGGCUGGCUGCUCAUCUUCUUUGGCGUCAGCUGCAACUCCAAGAUACUCCGUUUUCUACUGCUGCGUGUUCCGCUUCUCAUCUGCCUGGCGCCAGACUCUCAGUUCCCAAUGACCGGAAACUUUGUCAUCGCCUUCUCGCUGGCGCUCCUCAAUGCGGCCGUGGCCUGGAUCCUGCAUCGACCUCUAAUCGGAGCCUGCCUCUUCCUGGCCGGAGCCUCGCCGUACCUCUGGUUCACCCGCAGCCUGAUUGACUACCAUCGCCUGGAUUGACUCCAUUUCCUUCGGCUACUUAUUUUUCAGGUGUAUUUAUUGCUCGUUUUACGUCCAAUCAGAAAAUAAAAAUUUAAUAACA